UGUCACUUGAAACUGACAUCAGGAAGAUUUGCAAAUUGUAAUUACGUUUUACAAUCACUUAUUUUACUUAUUCAUUAUAUAAAACCAAACAGUUUAGUUAUAAUUGUCGUAUAUGGCGUUUGUGGUGCAUUAGAAUUUAUUUUUCUUUUUGUUUAUAAUUGAUAUUAAGUUAUAAGUACGAUAAAUAGAUAACCAGAUUUCAUUAUUUACGUCAAACAAAAUAUAAACAGAUCUGUGUCAUUUAAACAUUGAAAUGUCUGCAACAAGUGCUUUGGAAAAUAACGAAGACCUAGAAAAUGUUCCGUUGGUCAGGAUGGAGGACGUACAACCAGACAGAAGUUCAGAAAUGUAUAUAGUGAAUAAAAAUGAAUUGUUAGAAACUUGUGUUGUUGACGAUGCCCAAUACGAAGAUGUCUGUGUUAAUGAUGAAGAAUUAGAAGAAGACUCGAACAUAGGGAGCAUGGUGUCUGUACAGUCUGAGGAAAUUGUCGGAGUUGACGAUAACGAUAAUCCCGAACUCAUAGUGCCAGAAGUUCUAACGCCUGUGACGCGGGAAGUUCCGUUGACCAUAAUAGUAGAAAGGGCUGAAGUAAAACAGAAUCCAGACAGUUGGCCGACAUUAGAAAUACUGCCAGGAGGUGUUAUAAAACAUGCUGAGAAAUACGAAGGAGACUUAGCGAGUCUGUAUCAGAGCGGAGAUAUAGAGAACGAAGGCGAAGAUCUUAUGUAUGCAUGUGCAAAAUGUCCACAAAGAUUUAAAUUUUUAUUCUGUUUGGUCAAGCAUGUGAAAUGGCAUGAGGAUCAGAAGAAGAAGGAAAAGGCACCUGACAUACAUAAAAACAAAUCUUCUGAGAAAAAUUAUAUAUGUCUGCACACAAAUAAAAGAAAAGUCAUAUCAAAAUUAAAAACAAAGUGUAAGGUACCAAAGAGGUCAUAGCAAUAGUUACAAUAAUGAAAAAAAAAACUUACAACUAUUUUAAUUUAGUUAAAUUUUGAUGUGCGUCCAAAUAAUAUUGAGAUGUAUAUUUAUAGGCCUUUAAUUAUAGUAAUUAAAUUUACAGAUUUACAAAAAGGCAUUAUUAUAAUUUUCAAAAGGUUUAUAAAAUCGAUUGUUUAGAAGUUAUAUGUUUGUUAUGACAUUAUUAAAGUUUUGAGAACCAGAUUUUACAAAAAAAAAUUUAGUCAAAAAGUGAAAAUUUUAAAACAAUUAAUUGAUUUUUAUUUCUGUAGUUGUAGUUUAAGCAUUUAAUCACAGUAAUACAAUGAUUUGUCGUUUUAUAAGGAAACAACUGCACAAGUAAUUAUUGGAAACUAUAAUAGUUAAAAAUGUUUAUAGGUGAAGAUAUUAUCUAUUUUCCUUUUUUUUUUAGUUGUUUCUAUUGCACAGAUAAAAGAAUACAGUAUCUUUUUCAGGUAUAAUUUGUUGAAAUAUUAUUUUAUUUAUAUCAGAGAGAUAUUUUAAAAGAUAUAUAUUUUUUAAAUUAGGUUACUAAAGAAAAAAAUAAAUCUAGAAAAUUAUAAUUUUAUAUUUAUUAAAAUAAUUUACAUAUACAUAUAUAUAUGUUUUCAUGUUGCACAAAUAAACUAAAAUCAACAAUAUAAUAAAAUUGCUUAGAGCUUAAAAAGACAUUUUGAGGACCUUUUAGAAAUUUAUUUAAAAUUAAGAAAAUAUGUAAAAGUAAAUCUCUCUAUUUUAUUUAAACAAACAAUAAUAUAAAUUUCAACAAGCAAUUUGUAUUUAAAAAAAAGAAAAUGAAAAUAAUCUUUAAUGUUACUGUAAUAAAUAUUUGAUAGCUUUUUUAAAAAAAGAAUCGUUUUUGGUUGUUGAGUGUGUAGUAAGAAAUAGUGUUAUAGAUAAUGUUAGUGUAGUGCCACGAAUGACCGCAUCAUAUUAUAUUAAGGACAAAGAUUUUAAAAAUAGCAUUCCAGUGUGAAUGAUGUGUGGUAUGGGCAUAAUCAAAGUUGUAAUUGACCAAAUUUUAUUCCUGGAAUAACGAAGUCUUGUAUGAACAUCGAAAUAUUUUGAUAUAAUAUCUAGACAAAUUUUACACUUUUAAAAUGUUUUUUAAAUAAAUCUAACAAUUCUGGAUCAGAGAGUAAAGUAUGUAUUGAUUUUUUUUAAUCUAUUUGAUGCGGUUAUAUUUGUGAGUUCUUAGUUCUAAAUAAUGUUUUUUAAUAUAUUUUCGUUGAUAUUUCUAAGUUUAUGUGUAUGACAAUUUUGAUUGUGUCUCAGCUCUUUUAAUUGAUAUUGGGUUGGAUAUAAGCAGCCUGUAUAGUGUGGUGGUCAUUUUUUUUUUUAAUUUGAUUGUUAAGCGAAAGGACGUAUGAGCCACCUGAUGGUAAGUGGUCAUCGCUGCUUAUAGACAAUGACACGGUAAGAAAUAUUAACCAUUCCUUACAUUACCAUUGCGGUAGAUACCACGGGAGCUAAAAUGUUAUGUCCUUUGUGCUUUGUAGUUACACUGGCUCACUCAUGCUUCUAAUAGGAACAAAACAAUACUGAGUAUUGCUGUUUUUUUUUUUGUAAAUUCUAUUUAAUAAUAUGUUUUUGUAUUGUUACAAAAAAGUAUUUAUUUAGACCCACCACAAUGAUUAGUCAAUUAAAAGGAAAAAUAAAUUUUUAUUGUUGGUUGUAAA